GUAUAAACAGAAGUUCCCCAAGAAGGCUACAUGAUGCUAUAUACCGUAUCUAGUUUCUGAUCCUUGCCUCUGAUCCCUCCAAACUAUGGCCCAUGUCCACUGUAAUUGGGCCUCCAAAGGUACAUGCUGGUGAGCCUAUGAAAUCGAGAGAAGUGGGACCCUUGAGAACAAGACCCCAUCCAAAGCAAUAGGGAGAGGAAAGGGUCAGGGGCAUUGUACAGAAACACACAGUAUGGGACGGAGCAUCCUAGAAAGAGCUACUUUUCCAAUUGCCUUUGUAAAUUAUAGCGAUGUAGCAUUGCUGACAUUUAUUUUGGGAGGUGGGGGCGCUGGCUUCUUUCAUUUGCAAUGAAACAGUUGCCACUUCGAGAGCAAUUUCAAGGAGAUUUAGCUUAAUUUUUCAUCCAUCUGCCCAGCUUGCAGGUUUUGGUGUGGGUUUAUGAUGAGAGAGAAAAUUAGGGUUUCAGAGGGCGUCUGUGAAUUUCUAUGAUGGUUGCUGCAGUAUCAGCUACACCAAAUCCGAAGACCUCGUCGCGAGAAGGGAGUCAUCAGAACCCUACAAGGCCUCCUCUGAUUCCUUCUGAGGCCGACAAUGGGGUGGCUCUUCGAAGACCUAAGGGUAGAGAGGUUACUUCCCGCUACCUAUCUUCUUCUACUUCUACUUCCACUUCUUCUUCCACGUCUUCCUCUUCGUCUUCCAGGCGCUGCGCAUCUCCAUUGGUUUCCAGGACCGCGUCUUCCUCCGCUGUUAUGACGCCGAUGCCUGCGCCUUCCUCUCUGAUCAAGAGGUCGCAGUCUGUGGAGCGGAGGCGCCCGGUGACGCCUCGUCCCAAUACCUUUGAUUUCAGACCUGGCAAUGCUGGAGAAGUGACCACCGCUUCUAAGAUGUUAAUUACGUCCGCCAGGAGUUUGUCGGUUUCCUUUCAGGGGGAGUCGUUCUCGCUUCGGGUUAGUAAGACAAAGCCGGCGCCGGCUAGUGUGAGGAAAGGUACUCCGGAGAGGAGGAAGCCAACGCCGACGAGAGCGGAUCAAACGGAGAAUUCUAAGCCUGUUGAUCAGCAUCGGUGGCCUGGGAGGUCGCGGCAGGUUAAUUCAUUGACUAGAAGCAUGGAUUGUACUGAUGAGAAGAAGAAAUUGGGUGGAUCUGGGAUUAUGGCUAGGUCGUUGCAGCAAUCUAUGAUUGAUGAAAGAAAUCGGACUCCAUUGGAUGGAAGAUUGAAUUUGGAUUCGGGCAAUGCCGAGUUGGGAAAGGCAAAUGAACUUGUUAAUGCCAAUUCAGUUGUUGGAUCUACUAUGACAUCUGAUCCUGCUGCUUCUGAUACAGAAAGUGUAUCUUCUGGAAGCACGUCUGGAGCACAGGAGUCUGGUGGCGGAGGUGGUGGUACUCAAGGGCGGGGUGUGCCCCGGGGGAUCAUGGUGCCCGCAAGGUUUUGGCAAGAGACUAGUAAUAGGUUGCGCCGUACACCAGAGCCCAGCUCACCACAGUCAAAGAGCAAUGGAUUGAGAACACCGGCAGUCCCACCGAAGCUCAUUGCGCCUAAGAAAUUGUUAACUGACAGUCCUAUGUCGUCUCCCCGGGGAAUCCUACCUAGCAGGGGGCAGUCUCCUCUACGUGGGCCUGUUAGGCCGGCAUCGCCAAGUAAGCUUGUGACAACCUCUACAUAUUCUCCCUUAAGGGGGAUGCCCAGUCCAACUCGGGUUAGGGCAGUGGUUGGCUCACUGAAUGGUAAUUUGAGCAACAACCCAUCUAUUCUCAGUUUUGCUGCUGAUGUACGGCGGGGGAAGGUGGGGGAGAACCGUAUGGUUGAUGCACACUUAUUGAGGCUUUUGCAUAACCGCUAUUUGCAAUGGCGAUUUAUAAAUGCCAGGGCGGAUGCUUCCUUGUUGGUCCAAAGAAUGAAUGCGGAGCAAAGCCUGUGUAAUGCACGGGUAGCUAUUGUGGAUCUGCGUGAUUCUGUCAGGGACAAAAGAAAGAUGUUACAACUGAUGAGGCAAAAGUUGAAGCUAACAACAAUCCUCAAGGGGCAAAUCAUGUAUUUGGACGAGUGGGGUCCUAUGGACAGGGACCACUCAAAUUCCUUGUCCGGGGCCAUCGAAGCUUUGAAGGCCAGCACUCUCCGCCUUCCUGUUGUUAGUGGAGCAAGGGCAGACAUCCAAAAUUUGAAGGAUGCAAUUUGUUCAGCAGUUGAUGUGAUGCAGGCAAUGGCAUCCUCAAUAUGCUCUUUGUUAUCAAAGGUGGAGGAGGUGAACUCCUUGGUGGCUGAACUUGCAAAUACAUCUGCAAAAGAGCGAGCUUGUCUUGAUCAGUGCAGAGAUCUCUUAUCAACACUAGCAGCCAUGCAGGUGACGGAUUGUAGCCUGAGAACUCAUAUAUUACAACUAAAUCGUGUACCAUCAAGCCUGACAACAAAAGUGUAAAGCACAUAUCAUUUGACUGCAUACAUUACAUGCUAACAUCACGUGAAAACCCUUUUUAUCUGAAGCUGCCAAACAGGAGGUAAUGACAAAGAAUCGAGUGAUUGAUUGUGGCUUGUGUGAAGCAGAAGAGUGCUCAUUUUAGCGUUGGGAUACAAAAUGGCAGGAAAUUGUCUUUCUCAUUUAAAUUAGCUUGUAUACAGGUCCUUUCUCUAUAGGCUUAGAUGAAAGCAUAUGUAAAUAUGUGUAAUGAUGUUUCCAAUUUCCCGUCAUUCAAUAGUGUCUUUCCCUGUUUUCUUUUGGUAUUCA